AUGGUAGCCUCUCAAAGGAAAUACGUUUGCUCAUUCUGUGCAAAGGCUUUUUCAAGGUCAGAACAUAGAAUUCGUCAUGAAAGAUCUCAUACCGGCUAUAAACCCUUCCAGUGUAAUAUAUGUAACCAUGCUUUUGUAAGAAGAGACCUAGUACAACGACAUAUCAAGACUGUUCAUAAAGAUAUUAAAGUAACCCCCAAUGGUAAAAUUACUGAGGGUGCUAAUAAUAAUAAUAAUAAUAAUAAUAAUAAUACAGACUUAAUCGCCAUAAAGAAAGAUGAAAUUACUACGGACCACAGUACACCGAGUUUUCCAAAAAAUUCAAAAUUCCUGUCCGCAGCGACAACGACUGCAAAUUUCGAUAUCAACGAUCAAUUCACUUUGCAAUACAUAUCUGAUAAUAUUAUUAAUCAAUAUAACACUAAUAGCAUUCACAUUCUAAUAGCAUCCUCUCCGGCACAACUAUUGAACUACGUUAAUAAUGCAAUUUCAUACUUCAUUAAUGAAAAUUUAUUCAAUGAAUUAACUUCUUCCAUCUCGUUAGAAUCAAUAAAACAGGAUCAUUCGAUGUUGUUGACUCUAAUGCUAUUGGGUCAACAAUUAACGGAUCAUUCUUUUAAUUCAAAUUUAUGGGAUUUCUUAUGGAAUAAUUAUUCGGAUUUUUCAAUGGCAAAUAUAUCAAUUUUAAUACUAAUUCAAUUGAAUUCAAAUGAUUUACGAAAUUGUACUCUGAAAGUCAAUUCAUAUCAAUUGUAUUUAAUCCGCAUAAUUGAUAAUUUGGUACAAUUACCCAUCUUUCCAGCAGAUUAUUGGGAUUGUUUCAAUAUCUGGAUUAAUUAUUUAAAUUUUGUCAAUUUUUUCAAUCUAGAUUCAUCAAAAAUCUUCAAUUGGUUCAUAAUGCAAAAUAAUAUAUUUAUCGAAUAUCCAAACUACUCCAUAACAAAAAUUCUAAAUUCCCAUAAUCUUAUCAAUAAUAACAUCAUCAUUAAUGAAAAUUUGAUUUUGAAAAAAUUGAACUCUAUUUCAAAUUUAUUAUAUUUUGAAUCAAUAAAUAAUUCUUAUAUCAAUUCCAAGGGGAAUUUCAAAUCAAUGGAUAAUUUACACAAUUUUAUCAUAAAAUUAAAUUUAAAAUUUUCAAAUUUACCAUCAAUAACAAAUUCGACAAUUUUUGAAAAUAUAAAGAAAGAUUGUUUUUUACUUAACGCUCCGACAAAACUUUCAAACUUAUUAAUAGAUUAUUUGAUAUUACCAAAAUCAAUAAAUCACUGGUUAUUAUGGCAAUCUACAUGGUUUGAAUUCCUGAGGAAUUUUGACGUGUCACAUAAUGAUGACACGCUCAUAAAUAGAUUUUUCCUGUUAGACGAUAAUAUUUCCGUGUCUUCACAAACAGAUAUCAUUAAUAACAGUCUCGGGAUGGUGUCAUUACCCGUCAUUGCUGUUUUGGAAUUACCUUCUUUACAAUUUAUUAAUUUCCCAUACGAUGAAGCAUUUAUUAACUUCAUGUCAGAUAUAAUCUUAUUCCAUUAUGAAAUUUUCAAGAUGGAAUUAAACGUUACAACGAUCUCUAUUAAUAAUCAUCAUAGAAUCAACCAUACUUUGGGACUGUUAACUAAUCCAAUCAUUCAAUUGUUAAUUUACGUAUGGUAUUGUAUAGUGAAAGAUUUUCAAUCUCUACACAUUGAUGAAGAUGCACAAUAUUUUAUGAAUCGUUAUAUUAUUGGAAGUGAGAAAAAAAUCGAUACAGAUAAAUUGAUUCAAGAUGAAAUCUUAACGAUUCUUUUCGAUAAGAAAUCGAAAUCAAAUUCUGGUUUUUGCAAAUUAAUUCAACUAAUUACGACGCAUUUACAACAAGAGAUAAUUGAGAAAAAAAUAUUACGUUCAACAAAAUUAUUACCGGAAUUUAAGCAAGCAAUAUUGAAAAUAUUGACUAGCUCGCAGCCUUAUGCGACUGACACAACUACGGUGGGCACUUACAAUAAUAAUGGUAAUGUUAAUAGUAAUGGUAAUAGUAGCGAUGCCAACAGAUUGCUAUUACCUCCGAUAUAUUAUAAAAUAGUUAGUAAUCAAACAUACAAGGGACCAUUUUCACCGCCUUUGAAAGCGAUAAGCAGUCCACCUGUUAUUAAGAUAAGAAGGUAUUCAUUACCAGAAUUGGAUGCACUUUCGAUAAAUGCCAAUAGUGUAGAGAGAAGAAAGAAAGUACAAUUGCCUCCGCCUUCACAACUAUUUGAUGUCAAUAAUGGAAAUUAG